AUGGCUGAUAACUCUCCGCAAGACCCUGCCGCGACGGCUACCACUCAGCCAGAGGGCCAUUUGGAAGUUGAUGAUAACUUGGAUGCCAAUGAUUCGCUUUAUCAUUCGACAUACGAAAAUGGACGUCGAUAUCAUGCAUUCCGAGAAGGCACUUAUCCCGUGCCCAACGAUGAAGACGAGCAAGAUCGUAUGGACCUCGUUCAUCACGUAUAUAGUAUCCUUCUUGACGGAAAGCUCCACCUUGCCCCAAUUGACGAGAAUCCUCAACGUGUACUCGACCUCGGCACAGGGACUGGUAUCUGGGCGAUAGAUUUUGCAGACGAGCAUCCCUCGGCAGAGGUUAUAGGAAAUGAUCUCAGUCCCAUCCAACCAGAAUGGAACCCACCAAACUGCACCUUUGAAGUAGAUGACUACGAGGACGAGUGGUUAUACCGCACAGAAUUCGACUUUAUCCACGCCCGCGAGUUGGAAGCAUGUGUAGGUGACGAGGAUCUCAUGCUACAGCGAGCUUUCCGACAUAUACGUUCAAACGGCUAUGUCGAAUUACAGGGAGUAGAUGCGCGCUUUGAGUCCGAUGAUGGAACGCUCGAUAAGGGGCCUAAUGCCAAAUUGUGGAUGAAGCACCUAAUCGAGGCUUGUGCCAAGUUUGGCAAGCCUGUUGACUGUGCGGAUAAAUGGAAGGAUAGGUUGAUUAAGGCAGGGUUUGUGGAUGUUCAGCAAGAAGUCCGAAAGUUGCCUAUCGGACCUUGGCCGAAAGACCCAAAGCUUAAGGAACUUGGUCGGUAUCAGGCUAUCCAAGAGUCAAAGGUCAUCGACUCCUACACGCCCAAACUGUUUGAGUACGCACUUGGUUGGAGUGCAGACGAGAUUCAGGUGUUGAUGGCACAGGUUAAGAAUGAGCUAAGAGACCCAGCUAUUCACCUGUAUCUCCCUGUCUAUUUUGUUUGGGGUAGAAAGCCUUAG